GGACAAAUUCACAAAAUGUCCUUGAUGGACAAGGAGGAAAUAUGACGUUAUGCACCGAUUUGUGGAUUAUGUUGUUCUUGUUGGAUAUGACUUCGACAAAUUUGUUGAGGGCGAAGGCGGUGGACGUAUCUUGGAGAGAUUUCCUACAAAAUGUUGGCGGGAUUAUCCUUAUAAUUUCGAGAUCGAAACAUUUUGUCAACCGUGUGGUUGGUUUCUUAGUCGAGGGAAAUCACCGCCAACAUUCUUCGUUGCCUACCUGACAGAUCUUGAUGGAAAGCCCUAUUUUGCAGCUUGUCUUACUUUUCAUGAAGCUGUAUCAUCUAGUCAAUUAUUUUAUUAUAAAAUGCAGCAUCUUGCUCGACAAAAGAAAGCAAAAUCUGCAGCCAGUGCAUUCAAUCAUAAUCAUUUAAUAAAUGGAUCCUAUAAUGGGUCAUUUAUUGUAAAUAAAAAUAAGAGUUCUCUCCCUAUUUCAAAUCAUAAUUCCCAAUUUGUAUAUUAUCCUGUACAUUCUCGUAACAGUAUAACAAGUUUAGAUAGUAAUUCUAGUUCACCUAUAAGUUCAACUUUUGAUGUACAUGACCAGUUAAUCAAUCAUUCUGAGCCCAAAUCAAUUUAUGAUGCAAGUGAUCCAAAUCUGGUGCAUCCACCAGAAUUGUAUGCACCUAAGUGUUUGGUUUUUCUUGCUCGUCAUCAGCAUUUUGAUGUAUUGAAGAAUAGUCUCAGCUUAUUGUAUACAGUGUUUGCCGACUCAUUACGUCAGUAUUCUGUUGAACAAAUGAUUGCAACUGUUCUCGGAGGUGUAGAAGUCCCACCCACAGGUGGUCCACGAGUAACAUUCAGUUUAGGCACUGGUGAUCGUCAGAUAAUUCAACCUGCUCAUUGUAGUAGUAUACCUGUUACUCGAAAUUGUGUAGCUGUAUUAUUUAAACACUUGGGAGUACAUAAUGUGAUUUUAUUGUUCACUGCAAUUAUCAGCGAUCAAAAGGUUUUAUUGUGUUCACGCAGUUUAAACCGGCUAACAGAGGCAUGUCAUGCUUUGACUUCUAUAUUAUAUCCCUUAAAAUAUGGCCAUACAUAUGUUCCUAUACUUCCAAAAUCAUUAAUUGAAUUUGUGAAUGCACCAACUCCAUUUCUCUAUGGUAUUCAUUCAUCUUAUCAGCAUUUGUUGCCUGAUACGGUUGAUGUAUUUGUUGCUGAUCUCGACGGUGGUAGUGUAGUUUGUCCUGAGAAUACUCCAGUUCCUCAACUGCCUGAUCCAUAUUUUACUGAAGUUGUUGAAAACUUAUUUCAGAUUUUAAGCCCGGAACUAAUGACAGCUGAUCAUAUCUACCCACCAGCUACAUCGAAUCAGCCGAUUGAUUUAGUUUCUCAGGAUAAAAAAUUACGAGCUGUAUUUCUUCGUUUAUUCGCCUCUUUAUUCGCUGGUUACCGAUCAUGUUUAACAAUCACACGUAUCCAUCCACAACCAGUGAUACAUUUCAAUCAAACUUUGUAUCUACUUCUUCGUGGGAACACUGCACACAAUGAAUUCUAUGAUCGUCUUUUAUCGAGUAUGCGUUUUCAUCAAUUCAUAUUAGAACGUGGUCCACCAUUUCGUGUAUGUGAUUUAUUUGAUGAAGAGUAUGAUGUGAAUGUUGACGAUUAUUCACUAUUCAAUACUGGACUGAUGAAUGACAAGGAUUAUGACUAUGAAAUGCGGAAUCAUUCAGAGCUAAAUGGAGGUGUCACAGCUCCCGCAAAUUUACAUCUCAUAGAGCGAUUGAGCACAAAAUUACUGAGCAAUGAAUGUGGUGAUCAACCAGUUACACAGAUUCUUCCAAAUGAAGCUGUUGAAGCUCAUAAACGUAUUCAUCAGACACCAUUCCCAACUUUAGAUGCUAAACUAAUUGAUGAAUUGAUAAUUCAGUAUUCUCAGAAGAAAGCUAAGAAUGUUACUUAUCACAAACCAGAACCACGUUUUGUACCACAAGGUAAACAAUUGGAUCGGCAAAUAUUUAAAGCUGAAAUGUUCCCUGAUAAAUAUCGAGUAAUUCAUGAAUUUGUUGAUGAUAUCUUCAAUCAACAUAUUACAGAAGCUUUGAAGCGCCGAAAUACAAUACGUCAAGAUUUAAAAUCUCGACCAAUGAGACGUUUAUUUGUCGAUGAACUACGUCGUUACCUAAUCCCAGACACAAUAUCAUUAUCACCAACUGAUGCAAUCAAUGACUUUAUUGGUAAUAUGACAGUUGACAGAAGUGUUUAUGAAAAACGAGCUGUAUUAACAUGGGAACAAUUUGAACUAAUUGUUGACCUGUUAGACGAAGCAUUAAGACAAGAGACACAAUCAAAAGACAGUGGUAUUACUCCUAUCAUUAUGGACUUAAGCACUAGACUGUGCACAGAAUUAGAAAAUGUCCGUUAUUAUGCCAAUAUGAGUCAUCAAAUUCAACGUCAUGAUAUUUGGCGGCAUAUGGCAUUUUGGGAGAGUGUGUUCAACGAACAAGUCAAUAAUCAAAUACGUUUAUUGUAUAUUGAUUUCUCUGAAGAAGAACUAAAGAAGUCUCAUAAACAACAACAACAAAGUAAACAGCAUUUUGUAAAUUUACCAAAUGGUCAUACAUCUUCAUCGCCAUCAUCAUUAACAACUCCAGGUAACAGACAAUGUAAAAGUCCAUCUUCUCCUGAAAAGGAUGGUGUAUCUAUUGUUAUCGUUGGUCGGAGUGAUAAUCAAAAGUCUACUUGUACAAUUCAACAACAAUGUUAUACACCGAACAUGUCUGCAUUGGAAAUAGCUGCAGAAGAAAUGCGUAUCGGUCAUACACGUUCACAAGAAGUGCAACAGGCAUUGGAAACACGGGAAGAAAGCACAAUAUAUGCACAGAUUAUACAUUUUAUCAAUCUAAUUGUUAAUUUUCGUAUACCUGUUCAUAUUGGUGCAGCGGUAGCCGAUUUAUACUGUGAAGAAUCAUUGAAUAAUGAUUUAUCAGGUAGCUUUUCAUUUAAUAAUUUAACUAAUGUUAUGUCAGGUGAUAGUAACAGGCGAGCAUCAGACAAUGAUUAUAAACGCCAACAAACUCCAGAUACUAUCACAUCAAACGAUAUGCCAGUGACUAGUCAAAUUAAUCAUACCCUUCGACUUAUAUCACAAUCUUCUGAAGCAUCUGGUAAAAACAACAGUCGUUAUUAUCCAAAUAGCUCAUUGGCUAGAGAAGGAUUUUAUAGGUAAGUAGUAUUGUUAUAGAAAAACCUUUUUUCCCAUGCCUAAACAUAUGCGAAAACAAAUAGAAACAUUUUUGGUCAUUGAUACUUAUAAUCUCCCGUUGCUAUACUUAGUCGAAAUGCACGACUUGCGUUGACAGAUGCGUUCCUAUCCGGAGGCCGCGAUGCUGUCUGGAUAUUCAUUAUAUUCUAGUAUACUUGGCGGCUGCUAAUGGAAUCCAGAACUCGCGUUUCUUCGUAUUUGGGACUCGUCAGCUGUGUGUACAUACACUUUGCCUUGUAGAUAAUGCUUAGGAGCUAGAGGCGAAGGGUACUAGUUUCGGGUCUCAGUGAGGAUAACAUUACUCCUCACCGGUGUUAAGGUACAUCCACCUUACGAGCUCUAAAUAGGACUAAACGGGCAUCCUGGAUUCCACUGCUGGCCGCCAAGUAGACUACAAAACAGAAAAAAUAUCUUCUGGAAAAGCCAAUAUAAGUAAUUGAAUAAUCAUUUGUCUCGUUAAAGUAAUUCAAGUUAAUGACUUGAUUACGUUUCGAAUUUUAAUAUUCUUUUAUUCAACUGUCGUCAAUAACUAUGCCUCAUAUCUGCAUUCGUAUCUUAGUCAGAAUCCCUGGUUAAACUAAUAGGGUAGUGUGUGUGGAAUACUGAGAAGAAGAAGAAAAAGAAGAAGAAGCAGAUCAAAAGUACAUCGAACUAGAAUUUUUUAAUGAUCGCGAGCAUUUGUGGGGGAGAAAGUGAAAGAAAUGGAAAAGGCAGAAACAGUAAGUAGCACUCGACAACCAUUAAGGCUUAUUAGGGAUACUAGCGAGAAGACGAUGAUUAUCACCGAAAAGGAUGGGAUGCUCAUAACCUUUCAGAAUAGACGGCUAGAACGUUGGUUGAAACACUGAAACACAGUUCAACUGGCUCAUAACAAUGUUUCAGUUACCCAACAUCGAACCUUAACCUGAAUAAGACGUAUUAUACUGGCCAUUCAGCCCUUCUUGUAGUUAAGAAAGCUAUUUCAAAUGUGAAAGGGUGCAAAGCAGCUGGUCUGAUGGUUCACCAUAAGACGUUUGGAAGGAUAGAAGUAGAAAAUUACUGAAUGAAAUAACCGAGAUGCUAGGUAGUUGAAGGGAACCAGAAGUAAACCUUUUGGAUUGGUCUAAAUUGAUGGGCAUUCCAGUCUACGACAACAGAAGGAAGGUCGCCUUAUGAUAACCACAUGGUGAUUCGGUCAGCUUAACUCACAUCUCAUCCAAGAUCCUUAUGUAUACGGUGCCUAGCGGAAGCUCAGGAAACUCAGGCAGUUCUCAGACCUGAACAACAGUGUAUCGAUUAGAUCUUCACCUUUCUUCAGGCCAUGAGGCGCAAGCAUUCUUACUAGUGACCGACACUGAUCUUUUUUUGACCUGGAGGUGGCAUUCGAUCUCAUCGACCGAAAGAUGUGAUAGUAUAUGACUGUGAAGGAAGUACCAAGCAAGUAUAUGAUGCUAAUCAGAGCUAUCCGCUCGAACUCCCACCGCUGCCUAGGAGCUUAUGAUGAGUUGUCGUUGGAAAUGUUGACAACCAGAGAUGCCUGUUAUCACCGCUCCUCCUUAGUGUGCUACUGACGACUUGACGGACUUUCAUUUUUACAGAGAUUGAUCUACUCCAUUUAAGGCACACUUGGCUGACUUGGAAUACGUAGACGAUAUGGUGCUUUUCAGUGGAGACAUUGAAAAAAUAUGAAGUUUCCUUAAGGCAUCGGAGCAUAUAUCUGAGUAUGUUUGGGAUGCGUUUGCAUCACUCAAAUGGUCUGAAGCUCUCCCAUGUUAGAUAUCUAAAGAUAGAUGAGGAUAUACUGCUCUGUUUGUGAGAUAUGGCCUUCGAAAUCAGAAGAUAUAAAGAGGAUAAGGGUUUUCGACUACAAACGCACCUAUUUCAAAACCCUUAAUGCUAAGGAAUGGAACUAUUGGUCAAGUAACUGUGUGUGUGUGUGUGCGUGCAUUAUUCAGUGAUACUUCUGACUUAAUACUCACAGUCAACAUGAAACGAAGUUGUUGUUCCUUCAGAAACAUACGGCCAGGGUAAAAUGGCUCUAAUUGUACCUUCAACGAUUAUAUGAAGCCUAGUAAUUAGCCAAAAGAUUCUUACAAAGCUUCUGAAGUAGACUUAUUCUUUACCUUCCCUUUCACACUUCUACAUUGAAUCUGUUUCGAUAUACUUGUUAACUUUUUUAAUUUUCAAUCGCUAUUAUUCAGAUUUUUAAUAAUUUGGUCCGAUACAAUAUUGUUAUGAGGUCAAUCAGAUGGAAAAAAAAAGAAUUUUAAUCACUAUAUAGCAUAAUUAAACUAGUCAGUAUUCAGGAUCACAAUAUUCAAUGAGUUAAAAUACUGUUGAUUAUCCGGACGC